ACUGUUGCCAUGGCGAUGGAAGAGAGCACGCUCUCGCUCGCAUUGCCUGUUUCUUUUCUAUUGCUUUAUCUGGCUCUCUGUGUGUCGAGGCACAGCAGCUUCUCUCGCUCUGACAGGAGGCUCGCUUUCCUCCACACAAGCAUCAGUAACUAAGAUGACUGCCAUGACAAUUCAUUGAGAGGAGAGGACGCCAAGUGAAGCAUCAGCCAACCCGCCGAAGAAGGAGAGGAAGGAGUGAUCGGGGGUGAAAAAAGAGAGGAAGAGGAAGAGGAAAAGAAAGAGGGAGGGGCAGGACGAGCGAGGGGGGGAAAGGGAAGGGGAGAGUAAUCGAGGGAUAAACGGUGGAUGGAGGCGGCUCAGACCGAGGCUACGAGGCGCUCUUCACUGACGAGGAAGAAGAAGAAGAACAGCAGCAGCAGCGGGGGGGAGAGAGGAUGGAGGCUAAAGGCAGAAACAUGCCCCCAGAUAUCAGUUUCCUUCCCCGGCCGGCGAUGUGGUGGUGCGAGCGGGGCAUCCAGGUGCUGCUGACCACCAUGGGAGCGUUCGCGGCGUUCGCCCUCAUGACCGUGGCCAUCGGCACGGACUACUGGCUGUACGCCCGCGCCUUCAUCUGCAACAGCACGGCCAACUCGUCCCAGGAGGAGUCCAACAACAAGGACAAGAAGGACCCCGGGGCGCUCACCCACUCGGGCCUCUGGAGGAUCUGCUGCCUGGAAGGCUUGAAGCGAGGUGUUUGUUCCCAGAUCAACCAUUUCCCCGACGACGCUGACUACGACCAAGAUGCUGCAGAGUAUCUGCUGCGUGUGGUUCGAGCCUCCAGCAUCUUCCCCAUCCUCAGUGCCAUUCUGCUCCUGCUGGGCGGGGUGUGCGUCGCCGCCAGCGGCUUCUACAAGAGCAAGAGAAACAUCAUCCUCGGUGGAGGGAUUCUCUUUGUAGCUGCAGGCCUCAGCAACAUCAUCGGCGUGAUCGUCUACAUCUCGGCAGCGCUGAGCGACAUCUCUCCAAAGAAAGACGAGGACAAGAAGUGGCACUACUCCUACGGCUGGUCGUUCUACUUCGGCGGGCUGUCCUUCAUCCUGGCCGAGAUGGUGGGCGUCCUCGCCGUCAACAUCUACAUCGAGAAGAACAAGGAGCUGCGCUGCCGCUCUCGCGCCGACCUCUUCAAGAGCACCACGCACGCCAUGCUGCGCCUGCCCAGCUACCGGUUCAGACGGCGCUCUCGCUCCAGCUCGCGCUCCACCGACCCGCCGCACUCCCAGGAGACCUCGCCCAUCGGUGCCUCCAAGACCUUCAGCCUGCCGCCCUCGGCCCCGCCCUUCUCCGUGGCCACCCUGCCCAACCCUCACCACACCAGCAGCGGCGGGAGCGGAGGAGGCGGAGACAUCUCCAUGUACACGCUGUCGAGGGACUCCAAGCUGGGCAGCCUGGGAGGUGGCGCCCCGCCGCUCUACGGCACGGUGGACCGCGCCACGCUGUACCAACUCCAUAACUACUUUCCAAAAGAUUCGACCGGCAGUGGAGGGAGUGGAAGCGGAGGAGGAGGAGGAGGAGGAGCGGUGGUCAGCAGCGGUACUCUCCCGUCUCACUCCAAGUCCAACCUAGCGGCGGCAGCGGCUGUAGCCCAGAACGCGGCACCGCUGAAUACCUCCACCACCGCCGUAGCAGCGGCCCCGGCGGCUCCGAUAUCUACAGCCACCAUGGAGAGGGAACGGGGCAACGUGGGAACCCUGGACCGACUGACGGCCAAGAGGGACCGGGAUAGCAACUCAGAUACUCUGAACAGGAAAACGACACCGGUUUAGAACCUCGCCGGGAGGGAGGAGUUAGAUAUGUUUGACGGUAAAGCGAGGGAAAAGUAGGGCUGAAAAUGUGAAGGCAACACAUUGACGGUGAUGUUUCUGUCCUUGAGCCUGGAGGUAUCCAACUACCAUGAGUAAGAACUCUAACAAAUUCACAUGGUGGCCAUUUUCACCUAAAAUAUCUCGGAAAUUCACAUCGUAUUGGAUAUGCUAACAUGCUAACAAUGCUAACAAAUUUUG